ACAUUUUCAGCUGCGCUACACUUUUGACAUCUUAUCAGCAGCAACGCUAUCAGCGCGGAGACAGCGACUAGUUCCUCAUCACAUUUUUAACCCGGUCUACAGCAYUUUAAUCCGUCUAUCACAAUGAUACACAUCAAAUGUAAAGACACCAAUCUAGAUCCGAUUCCAGUCAAGAUUGGCAUCAUUGGUGGCUCUGGUCUGGAUGAUCCAGACAUUUUGGAGCAGCGUAAAGAAAGGGUAGUGGAAACACCAUAUGGUGCUCCAUCUGAUGCUCUGAUCGAAGGYGAAAUUGGAGGGGUACAGUGCGUCCUUCUGGCUCGCCAUGGUCGCAAGCAUGAUAUUAUGCCAUCCAAUGUUAACUAUCGUGCCAACAUAUGGGCCUUACGUCAGGUGGGCUGCACACAUCUGAUUGUGUCGACGGCUUGUGGCUCSCUCAGAGAGUCCAUUCAGCCGGGCAAUUUGGUGGUGCCACAUGACUUCAUUGAUCGCACCACCAAGCGCAUGCAGACUUUUUAUGAUGGCCAGCAUGAAGGCAUGACUGGCGUCUGUCAUUUGCCCAUGUAUCCAGCCUUCUGUGAGCGCACGCGCAAGGUUCUACUAGAUGCGGCCAAAGAACUGGAUUAUGCUGCACACGAUAAGGCUACUAUUGUUACAAUUGCCAAGGAAGACUGGUCCGAGGACAUUUUAAAUGCCAAGCAAUGCGUCUGCAACAACACUAUGUCUGGCGCCAUGUGACGCUUUUUAUUGCUAUGCACCCAAAUAACCAAAGAUACCAUUCGGCGCCGAAAGCCACUUGUCCAGCCCAUUUUCUCAAAGUAUUCAAAGAAACACGAGCCAAGAGUUCACUCAAUAUCCAUUGCUUAUGAAUUGGAGCCUGGUAAGCGACGAAGAGAAUUCACCAUAAAACCAGAGAAUCAUAACAAUACUCCGUCACCGAACGCUCAAUCCUAAACUUGCAACAUUUCCGCACAACGAAUAUAUUUAGUGACUAAUAUUAAUCUUUAACAAGCGAUGUUUUUUAGUAUAUCUUGAAGGAGUUGUCUGAACACUAAUAAACGAACGGUAUCUUAUCGAA